UCUCCUAGGUCCCCCAGGUUCGCUCUGGGGAGGUUCCAAGCCUUUUCUCGCCCCCCUCUGCGAAGAAGAAACAAGCUUCGCCAAUGCCGAAUACAACAUGUUACGCCCAUCAUCGUUAUUGACAUUCGUCGUCGUCUGCCUCUUCUUUCAACUAUGGGGUACAGCCGAAGCCUCGCUCGGUGACAGGCUGCCCGAGUUUCGGGAAUGCGUAGAGGUCUGCUCGAGAGAGAAUUGCGACCCCAAUAACAAUCCGACCCAUAUCCCUUUCCACCACCGCCUCCUUUUUUGGACUUGCCCACAAGAGUGCGACUACACCUGCCAGCAUAUAGUAACGCAGCAGCGUCUCGCCAUCGGGCAGCCCAUCACCCAAUUCCACGGAAAAUGGCCGUUCGUGCGCGUUCUCGGGAUGCAGGAGCCCUUCUCGGUGUUGUUUAGCCUAGGGAACUUAGUCGCGCACCAGAACGGCUUGGCCAAGAUCCGCCAGGCUAUCCCCGCCGUCUACCCGCUACGCAAAUAUUACGAGCUGUUCGCCUGCUUCGGCAUUGCUACCUGGGUCUUCAGUUCCAUCUUCCACAUUCGCGACUUCCGCCUGACCGAGCAGCUCGACUACUUUGCCGCGGGCGCGGGCGUGCUUUAUGGCAUGUACUAUACCCCCAUCCGCGUCUUCCGGCUCGACAGACCCACGCCGCGCCGUCAGAGUGUGCUCAGACUCUGGACCGUCCUUUGCUGCACGAUGUACAUCGCACACGUUUCAUACUUGAAGCUGUGGCGCUGGAAUUAUACAUAUAAUAUGGCGGCCAACGUGACCGUAGGCCUGGUACAGAACGCGCUCUGGAGUUACUUCAGUUGGAAAAAGUGGACUGAGAGUCGCCGAGCGUGGGCUGUCUGGCCCGGUGUUGCUGUCGCUUGGCUCAUGAUGGUCAUGAGCUUAGAACUGCUGGAUUUCCCGCCAUUAUGGGGAGCUUUGGACGCACAUAGCCUAUGGCACUUGGGCACGAUCGGCCCUACCGUUCUAUGGUACAAUUUCAUGGUCAAGGACUCCCAGGAGAAUAUGGCGAUCGCGACCAAGUUGAAGGAUACCAAAGCCUAACAAAGAGCAGUUCUAGCUUGGAGGAUUUGGCUAUGCAUGAGGCUCCAUUGUUGUAUACCCGGGCGUUGAAAAAUAGUAUUAUAUUGUAAUAGGAGUCCUGUCUUUCGGCUGCA